AUCCAGAACCGACCGCACUGUGGCAGUGAUCGUAGCAGUGUGUAGAUCGUGUCCGUGCCUGAUGGAUACGACAGCGAAGAACCCGCCGACCGCUUCACGAUGGAUCAAUCCACAGCUGUUGCAGCUGAAGGUGACGCUGUUUCUCGUGUUCGGGGCAACGAGCGCACUGACACCGUACCUGACCAUACACAUGCAAAGCAUCGGACUGACAGUCGAGGAGGUAGCUUCCGUGUACUUGACGCUUCUGUUCACUUCGUGCCUUAGUCCACCGCUGACCGGAUAUUUGAUUGAUCGCUUUGGCCGCUACAAACCGGUGCUGCUGUCCAGUAUCGUGCUGAAUGCGAUAUCUCAUCACGCGAUCCACUUCAUACCGGCUCGGGUUCUAAUAAGGGAGCAAGUGGUAAAUGCGUCUCUAGCUUCAGAUGGUUCCUCAGUACUGAUGCAGGCAUCGUUUUGUCCGAGCGAUAAGUAUCUGCACACCAUCUGCCACUCCACCAGAAACGUAUCCCUGCCAACGUAUGCAGUGACCACUGAUCAAAGCUGUGGCAACUUCACCUUCCCCGAGUGUGCCCUUUCGGAGCUGUUAUCGGAGCGGCAGAUUGUAGUGGAACAAAUCGAAAUCCCGCCAUCCGAGUAUGAUGAGACGUUCUGGACGUACCUCGCCAUUCGGUUUGUGGCAGCGUCCAUGCUCGCGUCCACACUCACCAUCACCGAUCCGAUCGCACUGGACAUGGUGGAACAGCACGGUGGAGACUUUGGACGGGAGAAACUGUUCUCGAGCGUUGGUAUGGCCAUCUUCACACCACUCACCGGGCUCAUGAUCGACGCCUGCUCGAGCGGUUCCGGACCACGCGAAACUGUCUACACACCUGCCUUCUACACGUACGAUCUGCUCCUGCUCGGUUCGCUCGUCUCGGUGUCGCUUAUGCCGAUCGGUCGCAAGGUGCCGUCGGAGAGUGUGAUGAAAGAUACGGGGCGCAUCUUGCGACUUCCGCCCGUGCUUGCCUUUCUCGCCUUCCUGUUCCUGCUCGGCAACUUCUGGGGCUUUAUCGAGAGCUAUCUGUUCGUGAUCAUGAAAGCGAUGGGCUCACCGAACUAUCUGCUUGGGCUGACGUACACCGUUGGGACCGUGGCCAGCAUACCGAUGAUGUACCUGCUGGAGCGAAUCACGCAGCGCGUCGGACACGUGAACCUGCUGGUGAUUGCGUUCUUUGCCCACGCGUUACGCAUUCUUGGCUACUCGUGGAUAACGAACCCGUUCUGGUGCUUCCCGAUCGAGCUGAACGAAGCGAUCUCGUGCUACUUCAUGUGGGUCGUCGCCUCUACGUACUGUGCCGUGCUGGCGCCGAGCAGCCUGGUAGCGACGUUGAUAGGAAUUGCCGGCAUGGUACACUUCUGUCUCGGCAAAGGUGUUGGAUCGUUCGCGGGUGGAUUUCUUAUAGCACGCGUUGGGUUGAAGAUGGCGUUCCGAUACGUGGGAUAUAUAGCGCUGGUUUGUGGAGUGUUGUACAAAUUGGUACAUCUGCUCUGGCUCCACAAGUACGACGGACGGACGGAGUGUGUCCUAGUGCCAGGAAGUGCUAUAAAUGAGCUGGUGAAGCGUAGAGCCUCGAUCAUCCCAAAGGUGGAUCAGUUUGGUAGUGUCGCAUCGUUUGGUGGGCUGCCGAGCAGAAAACUGGAAAGCGCACAGGGCACAGUGGAAGAGCAGGUCCCACUUGAGAAAGGAUAAAUACCGUGAUAAAUUCUGUCUCGCAAGUUGGUACGUGAUCGUUUUCCGUUUCGAACCCUAAGCGCGCCUAAGUUACGACCGUUACAUCCAUUGCACUAAAAGGAUCUUCAAGAAUUCUAUCAAGCUUCUCCACCGGCAAGACCCGAAACCUUCAGCGGGACGAAGAAAGAAUUGCCCGUCCAAUAACUUUCCAAUGCGAGACCCAGCUUUUUGGGAGCCAAUAUGCCGUGCAGAUAAUUCAUAUCCCCAAAAAACUUGAGCAAGCCUCAAUUCGAUUGCGUCCGAGACCGAGAGCGGGAGAUAAUAACGUGAAAGGACCGAAAAGGUACAAAAAGAAAUCGACCUCCAAUCAAAUUCGCUGCCGAAAACUUCACCAUCAGAUACUUUAAACUUUAAUGAAACGAUCCUCCAAUAGCUCCGCUCUUCUCCGCCCUUUUUGCUGCAGCUCCACAACCUACCCGCAUCCCGGACGAACGGAGCGAGUGCGCCUUUCCGAUGUGGCCUGCCCCAACCGAUAGGGAAUCGAAACGACCGCAGACCACAUGCUGAUUUUCGUUAUUAAUAAAGUUUCCAAUCGUUAUUCUUUG